CACGUGUAUGUGACCAUCGUGGAUGAGAACGAUAACGCACCCGUGUUCCAGCAGCCCCACUACGAGAUCUUACUGGAUGAGGGCCCGGACACAAUCAACACCAGCCUCAUCACCAUCCAGGCCCUGGAUCUAGAUGAAGGACCCAAUGGCACAGUUACCUAUGCCAUCGUGGCAGGCAACAUCAUCAACACCUUUCGUAUCCACAGACACACGGGCAUCAUCCGUGCUGCCAAGGAGCUGGACUAUGAGAUCAGCCAUGGCCGCUACACCCUGAUUGUCACUGCCACGGACCAGUGUCCCCUCCUGUCACAUCGCCUCACUUCUACCACCACGGUGCUUGUGAACGUGAAUGACAUCAACGAUAACGUGCCCACCUUCCCCCGAGACUACGAGGGGCCAUUUGACGUCACUGAGGGCCAGCCAGGACCCAGAGUGUGGACCUUCCUAGCCCAUGACCAGGACUCGGGCCCCAAUGGGCAGGUGGAGUACAGCAUCAUGGAUGGAGACCCUCUGGGGGAGUUUCUGAUCUCUCCCGUGGAGGGGGUGCUGCGGGUCCGGAAGGAUGUGGAGCUGGACCGGGAGGCCAUUGCUUUCUACAACCUGACCAUCUGUGCCCGAGACAGAGGGGUGCCCCCGCUCAGCUCCACGAUGCUGGUGGGGAUCCGGGUGCUGGACAUUAACGACAACGACCCUGUGCUGCUCAACCUGCCCAUGAACGUCACCAUCAGUGAGAACACCCCUGUCUCCAGCUUCGUCGCUCAUAUCCUGGCCAGCGAUGCUGACAGCGGGUGCAACGCCCUCCUCACCUUCAACAUCACUGCAGGCAACCGAGAGCGGGCCUUCUCUAUCAAUGCCACGACAGGGAUCGUCACAGUGAACCGGCCCCUGGACCGUGAGCGGAUCCCAGAGUACAGGCUGACCAUCUCCGUGAAGGACAAUCCAGAGAACCCACGCAUAGCUAGGAGGGAUUUUGACUUGCUGCUUAUCUUUCUUGCGGACGAGAAUGACAACCACCCCCUCUUUACUGAGAGCACCUACCUGGCGGAGGUGAUGGAGAACUCUCCUGCUGGGACCUCCCUGACGGUGCUCAACGGGCCCAUCCUGGCCCUGGAUGCAGACCUGGAUGUCUACGCUGUGGUGACCUACCAGCUGCUGGGCGCCCAGAGCAGGCUCUUUGAUAUUGACAACAGCACUGGUGUGGUGACAGUGAGGUCAGGUAUCGUCAUUGACCGGGAGGCCUUCUCACCCCCGGUCCUGGAGCUGUUGCUGCUGGCUGAGGACAUUGGGCUGCUCAACGGCACCGCCGACCUGCUCGUCACCAUCCUGGACGACAAUGACAACUGGCCCACCUUUAGCCCUGCCGCUGUCACCGUACACCUGCUGGAGAACUGCCCACCAGGAUUCUCAGUCCUUCAGAUCACAGCCACAGAUGAGGACAGUGGCCUCAACGGGGAGCUGAUCUACCGAAUAGAAGCUGGGGCUCAGGACCGCUUCAUCAUCCACCCGGUCACCGGCAUCAUCCGCGUCGGCGAUGCCACCAUCGACAGGGAGGAGCAGGAAUCAUAUAGGCUGACAGUAGUGGCCACCGACCGGGGCACUGUCCCUCUCUCGGGCACAGCCAUCAUCACUAUCCUUAUCGACGACAUCAAUGACUCCCGCCCCGAGUUCCUCAACCCCAUCCAGACGGUGAGCGUGCUGGAGUCAGCUGAGCCAGGCACUGUCAUUGCCAACGUCACCGCCAUUGACCGUGACCUCAAUCCUAAGCUAGAGUACCACAUCAUCGGCAUCGUGGCCAAGGAUGACACCGACCGCCUGGUGCCUGACCAGGAGGACGCCUUUGCCGUGAAUAUCAACACAGGGUCUGUAAUGGUGAAAUCCCCUCUGAACCGGGAGCUGGUUGCCACCUAUGAGGUCACUCUCUCUGUGAUUGACAACGCCAGCGACCUACCAGAGCACUCCGUCAGUGUGCCAAAUGCCAAGCUGACGGUCAACAUCCUGGACGUCAAUGACAACACACCCCAGUUCAAGCCCUUCGGGAUCACCUACUACACAGAGCGAAUCCUGGAGGGGGCCACCCCAGGCACGACGCUCAUCGCUGUGGCAGCUGUGGAUCCCGACAAGGGUCUCAAUGGGCUGAUCACCUAUACCCUGCUGAACGUGAUGCCCCCGGGCUAUGUCCAGCUGGAGGACUCCUCAGCAGGAAAGGUCAUUGCCAACCAGACAGUGGACUAUGAAGAACUGCACUGGCUCAACUUCACCGUGAGGGCCUCGGACAAUGGGUCCCCACCCCGGGCAGCUGAGAUCCCUGUCUACCUGGAGAUUGUGGACCUCAAUGACAACAACCCCAUCUUUGACCAGCUGUCCUACCAGGAAGCUGUCUUUGAGGAUGUUCCUGUGGGCACAGUCAUCCUGACGGUCACUGCUACUGACGCUGACUCGGGCAACUUCGCCCUCAUCGAAUAUAGCCUUGUGGAUGGUGAGGGCAAGUUUGCCAUCAGCCCCACCACAGGUGACAUCUACGUGCUGUCCUCUCUGGACCGGGAGAAGAAGGACCACUAUAUCCUGACUGCCUUGGCCAAAGACAACCCUGGGGACGUGGCUAGCAACCGUCGAGAAAAUUCGGUGCAGGUGGUGAUCCAGGUCCUAGACGUCAAUGACUGCCGGCCACAGUUCUCCAAGCUCCAGUUCAGCACGAGCGUGUACGAGAAUGAGCCAGCAGGCACCUCUGUCAUCACCAUGAUGGCCACCGACCAGGAUGAGGGCUCCAAUGCGGAGUUGACCUACUCACUUGAGGGCCCCGGCGUGGAGGCCUUCCACAUGGACAUAGACUCGGGCCUGGUGACCACAAAGCGCCCACUGCAGUCCUACGAGAGGUUCAACCUGACCGUAGUGGCCACAGAUGGCGGGCAGCCCCCGCUCUGGGGCACCACCAUGCUCCUGGUGGAGGUCAUCGACGUCAAUGACAACCGCCCCGUCUUUGUGCGCCCACCCAAUGGCACUAUCCUCCACAUCAGAGAGGAGAUCCCACUGCGUUCCAACGUGUACGAGGUCUACGCCACGGACAAGGACGAGGGCCUCAACGGGGCCGUGCGCUACAGCUUCCUGAAGACGGCAGGCAACCGGGACUGGGAGUACUUCACCAUCGACCCAGUCAGCGGCCUCAUCCAGACCGCGCAGCGCCUGGACAGGGAGAAGCAGGCAGUGUACAGCCUCAUCCUGGUGGCCAGUGACUUGGGCCAGCCGGUGCCCUAUGAGACCAUGCAGCCGCUGCAGGUGGCCCUGGAAGACAUCGACGACAACGAACCCCUCUUUGUGAGGCCGCCAAAAGGCAGCCCCCAGUACCAGCUGCUGACGGUGCCCGAGCACUCACCACGUGGCACCCUUGUGGGCAACGUGACAGGCGCUGUGGAUGCAGACGAGGGCUCCAAUGCCAUCGUGUACUACUUCAUCGCAGCCGGCAACGAAGAGAAGAACUUCCAGCUGCAGCCCGACGGGCGUCUGCUGGUGCUGAGGGACCUGGACAGGGAGCGUGAAGCCGUCUUCUCCUUCAUCGUCAAGGCUUCAAGCAAUCGAAGCUGGACACCUCCCCGCAGGCCCUCCCCAGCCCUUGACCUGGUCACUGACCUCACCCUGCAGGAAGUGCGUGUCAUGCUGGAGGACAUCAACGAUCAGCCGCCACGCUUCACCAAGGCUGAGUACACUGCAGGAGUGGCCACCGACGCCAAAGUGGGCUCGGAGUUGAUCCAGGUGCUGGCCCUGGACGCAGACAUUGGCAACAACAGUCUUGUCUUCUAUAGCAUCCUGGCCAUCCAUUACUUCCAGGCCCUAGCCAAUGACUCUGAGGACGUGGGCCAGGUCUUCACGAUGGGGAGUGUGGACGGCAUCCUGCGCACCUUCGACCUCUUCAUGGCCUACAGCCCCGGGUACUUUGUGGUGGACAUCGUGGCCCGGGACCUGGCGGGCCACAACGACACGGCUGUCAUCGGUAUCUACAUCCUGAGGGAUGACCAGCGGGUCAAGAUCAUCAUUAAUGAGAUCCCUGACCGCGUGCGUGGCUUUGAGGAGGAGUUCAUCCACCUGCUCUCCAACAUCACCGGUGCCAUCGUCAACACCGAUGACGUGCAGUUCCACGUGGACAAGAAGGGUCGGGUGAACUUCGCACAGACGGAGCUGCUCAUCCACGUGGUGAACCGCGACACCAACCGCAUCCUGGACGUGGACCGGGUGAUCCAGAUGAUCGACGAAAACAAGGAGCAACUGAGGAAUCUGUUCCGGAACUACAACGUCCUGGACGUGCAGCCCGCCAUCUCUGUCCGCCUGCCCGAUGACAUGUCCAGCCUGCAGAUGGCGAUCAUUGUCCUGGCCAUUCUCCUCUUCUUGGCUGCCAUGCUCUUCAUCCUCAUGAACUGGUACUACAGGACUGUACACAAGAGGAAGCUCAAAGCCAUCGUGGCUGGCUCCGCAGGGAAUCGUGGUUUCAUUGACAUCAUGGACAUGCCCAACACCAACAAGUAUUCCUUCGAUGGGGCCAACCCUGUGUGGCUGGAUCCUUUCUGCCGGAACCUGGAGCUGGCCGCCCAGGCUGAGCACGAGGAUGACUUGCCGGAGAACCUGAGUGAGAUCGCUGACCUGUGGAACAGCCCCACCCGCACCCAUGGAACUUUUGGGCGUGAACCAGCGGCAGUCAAGCCUGACGACGACCGGUACCUGCGGGCUGCCAUCCAGGAGUACGAUAACAUUGCCAAGCUGGGCCAGAUCAUUCGGGAGGGGCCCAUCAAGGGCUCGCUGCUGAAGGUGGUCCUGGAGGAUUACCUGCGGCUCAAAAAGCUCUUUGCACAGCGGAUGGUGCAAAAAGCCUCCUCCUGCCACUCCUCCAUCUCCGAGCUGAUCCAGACGGAGCUGGAAGAGGAGCCAGGGGAGCGCAGCCCCGGCCAGGGCAGCCUGCGUUUCUGCCACAAGCCGCCUACUGAGCUCAGAGGGCCAGACGGGAUCCACGUGAUGCACGGGAGCACGGGCACGCUGCUGGCCACGGACCUCAACAGCCUGCCCGAGGAUGACCAGAAGGGCCUGGGCCGCUCCCUGGAGACGCUGACAACGGCCGAGGCCAGCGCCUUUGAGCGCAACGCCCGCACAGAGUCCGCCAAGUCCACACCCCUGCACAAGCUUCGCGACGUGAUCAUGGAGAGCCCCCUGGAGAUCACGGAGCUGUGACUAGAGCGGGGAGCCCGCCUGGAAUGCGCAGCCCAGCGCCUCCCGGGGCCAGAGCAGGGGCAGGACCUCCAGGGUGCGGGCCCCUCCGGGGGCAGCUCUGGGCACACCACCACGGGCUGGCCCAGCAGCAGGGCCUGCCUCAGCUGCUCAGGCUCCACUUCUGCCAGACGCUCAUUCAGCAUCUGAUCUCUACCUUCAUAAAAUGUUAUUUUUUUAAGAAAACCAAACAAAUGGCAAGCAUCUAAGGAUGAGGUAAGGAGGGUCACUGAGAGCCCAGGAGUCUGAGGUCCAACUCAGCCCAGGCUGAGCUGAAAGAGGCCAAGCCGGCCCACUCCCCCCAACCCUAGCCCCACUGCACAGGAGCCCAGCACUGGGGAGGGAGCCCUGCCUGGCCUUGACUCUUAGACUCCAGUUCAAGUCCCAGCACAUUUCUGCCACUUCCCUGACUGGACAUGCAGGUGGGGGCAGAGAGUCCUCCCUUUCUCCCCACACGGACACAGUCAAUGUCAGCAAACAGCACUCUCUCCAUUUCACUGGCUUCCCAAACGUUCCUGGCUCAUAAAGAGAAAAAUGACUGAUGUUCCCUUGGGUUUUGAAUGUAGAAUGUUUGUGUGUAUCCCCCUUUGAAACUAAGUUAUUCCCUCAAUAUUUUCCCCUUGGUUUUGUUCAAUUGGUACGCACUGAACGUCUCUGGAAUGGUCUGAAUUUUAAAAAGAAAAGCAACU